AGCGUGCGGGUAUUCAAAUAUUCAUCGUGACUCGCUAGUCCAUGACUUGACCGAUAAGCACAUUAUAUUUAUCUCGUGGAUGAAAACUAGUUAACCCCGUCAAACCAUGUCAGACGACGCAUACGAAACCUUUACACUCAACGUCCCACCGUCAGAGGAUGAAAUCGACAAGUUCAUCGCCAUCCGCUUACUCGCACUACAGAUAGACCCAUCCUCCUUUCGCACCACAUACGAAAACGCCAAGAAUCUCCCUCGAGAGAAGCACGUCCAGCGAAUCGCCUCUCAUGACCAGGUCAUGGUCAUCGUCUCCCACAAGGCCACGGGAGAAUGGGUCGCCAUGUCAGGCGUGGCCUCGCCCAAGGUCCUCGCGGAGUUGGAUUACCCGCUACCGGAGGUGGUGUACGAAGGGAGGAAAGGAAGUGGAUACCUUUUCGUAUCAUUGUGGGUUCAUCCGGAGCACAGGCGACGGGGACUCGCGAAGAGGAUGUUUGACAGAUGCAUUGAAUGGGUCAGGUAUCACGGACUCGGACUCGGAACCGUGACAGAGAAGUUCAUCACCAAUGAGGUUUACAGCGAUAAUGUGGGCCGGGGGCUGUACAGAAAGUUGGGAUUGAUCGAGAGAUGCGAGGUCAAGGAACAAGAUGGUAAACGAGAUGUUGUUUGGUUGUCGAGAUCCUUGGAUGAGUUGUAGGAUGGCAUCCGUGGAAGCAACCGGAGGUGGCGUACAACCAGUGUCCCGGCGGAGUGAAAAACAUGCUGAAUCGAGGAAUUCAUGACAUUGGCAUUUUGGUGUGGUAAGCCUCUGGAGCGCGCGGGAGACUACGGGAGAUAGUUGACCAUUCGGCUAGAUGGAUGUGAGGUCAUUUGAGUGAGUAGCAUUGUGUUCACGUGCGGUGCUCUGCUUCUCCAUCAAGAACAGUUUCCCCAUGAUUACCCCAGGCUCCCUCCAUGGAAAAUCGCGAACUGCGAGAACUACUGUUUCCAUUCCGACUCGGUCGCCGUUUGGUCCAGGUUGACCUCAUGACUUCAGUGUGGUUGUCGUCUUUGGUAAUUCUUUCCGCAAGAACCGUAUACGUUUAACGUUUAUUGCACGUCCAAGGGACAGCGGGAUGGCAGAUCAUACAGUUGUUCAGCCCAGAGUUCUGAUUUACCAGGGUA